CUGAGAUCACAUCCUCGCGAUGCAGCUGCCAGCGAGUCGCACGGCGACUGUCGGUUCGUGACUCCUGCUCGGAUCUGCGACCUCGCGGGACCGCCGCGUCGAUUUCGGAUCGCAUCCGCAGCUUCUUCCAGUCGUCGGUGGCCAUGGAAUGCGGCUUCACUUAAAUACCCCCCCUCCUCCUCCUCCUCCUUCUUUUCGCGCGUUUUGUCUCGUUGUUGUCGGAUCUAUCGCCUCGGUGCGUGAAAACCGAGCGCCAUGUGGGCCAGGAACGAUUUCGAGGACGGAUUCGACGCUUAUAAGAUAGGUUCGAGCACGUCCUCUCCUGGAUGGGUCCCAGGCUGCGACUCGGCAUGGCAAGCUUCCUCUUCCGCCACUGGCGUUAGCAGCCGCGGACGCCGUCACAGCGCCGCCUCGGACAGCGGCGAUACCGGCAUCGGCACCUCGUGUUCUGACAGCGUAGAAGACCACUCCAGCUCCAGCGGCACAUUGUCCUUCCAGCCUCUGCGCUCUCAAGGUCCCAUCCCCACGGCCCACGUCAUGCCAUCUCCGUCCAGCUCCAAAGUCAGCGUGCCCUCGGCCCCCACGAGCCCCUGGAGCAGCUGCCAGCUCCCUUCUCCCCUCGACAGCCCCCUGGACAUGAAAGACCCCCGGCCCGUGCGCCGCUGGUCCUCCCUCACCCGUCUGACCGGCCAGGACAAGUCCAGCGCUUCCGGGAGACCGUCGUACCGCGUGGACCCUCACGGAUCCCUGGAUCGAGGUGUGCUCUACGGCUACCGGCAGGACCCUCUUUAUUCAGACGGCUUUCUCUCGGAGAGCCUGCACAAACUUUCCACCAACUCUGACUUUGCGAAGUACGACCUGGGCAGCAGUAACACCCUGGGGAAAACGGACUCGUCUUGCUCCUCUCCGCUCAAGCCCAGCACGUUAGACCUCACCUACAGUGCCUUACCGGAGAGCAAGACGCCCACCAUCGGCCUGACCGGGCCCGGGCAGAGAGGUCCCACGCUCAGGCACCAGGCCGUGGGAGGGUCGCCCAUCCAGCCAGCCGUACGGACUCAGAUGUGGCUGAGCGAGCAGAUGGAGUACCGGCCGGGGCCGGAGGGAUGCGGCUCGUGGCAGCAGGAGCAGCAGCAGCGAGAGCGGCUAAGACAGGAAUCUGAGCUCCCGCAGAUGCUGGGCGGGACGUCUCUUCCUGUCAAUACCCUGGUGAAGAUUAAGGAGGGGCUCCUGAGGCAGAGGGAACUGGAGAUUGACCGGCAGAAGCAGCAGAUCCUUCAGCUCCACGCCAGGAUCAGGGAAAACGAGCUGAGGGCGCAACAAGUCCUCCAAAACCAGAGGGGGCGCUACGACGACUCCUAUCUGCUCAAAGCAAAGGACUCUCCGUAUGACAGUCCGGUGUCCAGCCAGAGUCCGAAGUCUCAGCUGCCGGAGCGCGUGAGUCCUCUGUGCUGUGAGAACGGAGAGCUGGGCCGAAAGCUGGCUGCGGCGGAGCUGGAGGUCCUCCACCUCAGCGACUUCCUCAAGCAGAACACACAGAAAUACACUGAAGACAUCAAGAAGCUGGAGGAGAAGAUGAAGACGCGCGACCGUUACAUCAGCAGUCUGAAGAAGAAGUGCCAGCGUGAACAGGAGCAGAAUCAGGAGAAGCAGCAGCGCAUCGAGACGCUGGAGAAGUACCUGGCAGACCUCCCGUCGCUGGACGAGGUCCAGACGCAGGCCCAGCAGUUGCAGGAAGCGGAGGGGAAGAAGCAGGCGUUGGAGGACACCGUCGCCCGGCUGGAGAAAACCCUGGAGGAGAACCGACUUGUGCUGCAGGAGAAAGACGCCCUCAUCGAGACACAAUCCAAGCGGGAGAAAGAGCUUGUGGCUGCUGUUCAAAGCCUGCAAGAGAAAGUGGAGAAGUGCUUGGAGGACGGCGUGCGGCUGCCCAUGCUGGACCUGAAGCAGCUGGAAAGAGAAAACACUCGUCUGCUUGAACAACAGAGCCAGAGCAGCCUGCUGAUCGCCAGCCAGAAGCAGCAGAUUGACGAACUCACUCUGGAGAUGUCGGCUCUGGAAAAGAAGCUGCAGAGAGAGAGAGGAAUCACACAGGAGCUCCGCAAACAGAUCUUGGAGCGCGAAGAGGAGCUGGAAACCUUGUCCAAAACUCUUCAGCAGAGCCAAAGACGAGCGGACGAGGAGAUGCUGAAUGUGACCCCCGGGUCCUGUUUGAAGGAGGCCGGGCCCCUGCUGAAGGAGAUGUCCCUGUGUCUGCUGGAUCUGAAGGGCCUGUGCAGCGUCCUCACACAGAGAGCUCAAGGCAAAGAGCCCAACCUGGCCCUGCUGCUCGGUAUCAAAUCUAUGAGCUGCUCGGCGGAGGAGAGCGAGAAGCCGCUGAUGGAGGACGGCUUGCGGGCCAAGCUGGUGGAGGUUUGCCAGCUGAGGAAAGACAUCGACGAGCUGCGGACGGUCAUCUCGGACCGCUACGCGCAGGACAUGGGCGAAAACUGCGUGACGCAAUGAUGCUUCCCUUUCCACCCCGUCAGGACCGACGGAAGCAAACAAGGUCUUUCUGACCCCUAAAGGUCGGGGCCAAGCUGUGAAUCCAGUUUACAAGGACGUCUUUACAACAAGUUUCUCGUUUUGUUCGUUUUUUUUUUUGUUCAAAGGAGUUUGAAUGUUUUAUUGUAUUUAUUGAGACCCGUCGGGGUCGUCUUUGAGGGAAAGUAGAGCAAGCGGUGUCCUAAAGUGCCUCCUGUUUGUGACGUUCAGUGAAUUGUUUUACCCAAAGAAGCCGGUCCGUCCUCUUUAACAGCUACAGGUCGCAGGUCGACUUUCAGGAUCUUCUAACGUAGAAACCGCAGCUUCCUUCAUCGCCAACAUCCUACGUUUAGCGUAUCUGAGCUUCCGUUAAAACCCGUUUCGAAAUAAACGACAGCAGAGGAAUCCAGGUUAACCUAUCCAGGACGCCGAUUGAUUAAUUAGAAUAAAACACGAGCUGCUUUUUUUUAACGCCGCGGCGCAAGUUGCACAUGUCGGGUUUCGAAGGCAGAUGGGAAAACGGAACGUUCUGCGCUUCCUGCGACGUUUUAUAGGCUCCGGGUGACGUGCGUUUCUUAGGAACAUGGACGGAAUCAAUGCAAAACUCGCUCACUCAGGUAUUUUAAGAGUUUCUUUUAUUUGUCGCAGUUGAUCGAAAUGCUUUCAGAAGGGAUUUAAGUGUCGGUGAGUUCAUUUUAACCCAGAGCAGAAUUUUUUUUUUAUAGUCGAGCGGUGCGGUCAUGUCAAGCUUUGCGCGCGUAGUUGAGAUAUUUACAGUACAAACGUCUAUAUACGGCUUAUGUCUCGUGACUGCAUUUAAAGUAUAUUAAGCAUGGUUUCGUCAUUAUGUGCUCAUAAUAAUAUCUUGUGCAUGUGCAUAGGUUUAGUUAGUUUUCGUUUAAGGGAGGGAAUAGAUAAAAGGUCAAUUGUUAGACGUAUGCUGCGCUAUGCAACCUCACGUUAACCAGCAUUUGUUACGCGUUUCUGCACACAUGUAAUGUUAUUCUGUGCCUUUACGAAUCUAUGCAGAACCACUGUAUGACAUCCAAGGGUGUUUUUCAUAACUGGCAGAGACGAGUUUCUCUCGUAAAAAGGUGCAGGCGAGCUAAGCCAUAUUAGCAAGCAAUGCAUAUUUAUUCUCAGGCGGAGAGCUGCUCAGAACCAGAUGGAGAAUGUAUGCGGGGCUCUUCAUUGUGCUUUAGAGGACAGCGUGACCGCAUGCUAAAAACUGUGUGCGCGUGUAUAUAUAUGAAUAUAAAAGCAGCGUGCACUGAUUGACAUGACCCACUCACUGAAAGCUGCUGGUUGGCUGAACAGUAUGUUUUGAAUUUCCCAUCGGUCUUUCAAAUCUUCAGCUUUUAAUUUUCCAGCUAGAUUUUACAAAUGCCAAAGGUCUAUUUAUGUAAUGUUUUUUUUGGUUCUCAGAAGUAUUAACUAUUUUUCCAUUUUGUAAAAUGCUUUUCAUUUGUACAAAUGUCAAAUAAAGUAUUUUUAUAUAUACACACACA